UGGUUAAAAAUGUCAUGUGUCCAGCCUAUUACAGUCACCAACACUCUGGAUAACAUGAACACUGCCGAACCAGGUCUGCUAAGGCCUAAAAUGGUCAAAGUGUACUCAUUUGUGUCUGGAAGUAGCUAGCAAGCUAGCCAACGUUAGCUUGGGUUCCAUUGUAAGGUCAGAACACUCAAAUCAACCCUACUCCUUGGCCCGGGCGUCUAGUGUGUGCUCCAAGUGCCAAAAACGCUCUGAAUUCACAAAAGGGACAAUCUGACAACACUCUGAAUUUACGAGCGCACUCUGGCACUGAAUUUAAGAACACACCCAAAUUCGUAAAAUGUCUAACAAGUCAUUUGUUAUGCUAGCUAGCUAGCGGUUGCAUCGCAACAGCAUCAACUUCCGGUAGACCGGUGAAGAACUACUACGCUCAAUUGAAAGGAUACUGUUUGUUUACAGUAUGCUAACAUGAACUAAUAGUAUAUACUCAUUAAGUAUGUAGUACACCGUAUGUUAGCAUGGGUUUUCAAACACAGCUUUGGCGCUUGCCCCAGUUUACUCUAUUUACAAAACGCCGACAAGGUGAAGUUUCCUUGGCUGCAAAACACCAGUUUCCACUAUUUUCCAAAAGACUACAUCGUAUUACGAAAAUUGGUGGAAUUCGCCUCCUUACACGAGAAUUACGUAUUGAACGGCACUCAGAUAUGCGAGGCUCAUUUCAGCAAAUAAUAUUUUCGACUCAAUACACCGAGAGAUUGUUGUGGGAUGACGCGGUUCCUACGAUUUAUCCCAGCGAUAGCCCGAGCAGAACCGAUACUUCUUCACCUUAUGUUAGCCAAAAGGACGAGAAGAAGCAACACAGACCGAACCAAGAAGUUCAGGAUAGACCACGCAUGGAUUAUUCUGUUAUCCAGAACAGCAGGGAGCCGAAACGUGAGCUCCAGUCAAUGGAUGCCGUGGUGGAGGUUAAGGAGUCAGAGACAGCCAUGGCGGGUUUUGAGGAGUCAACGGAAGCCACAAUAGGCGUUAAGGAGUCAAUUUCAGCCGCCAUGGACGUGAAGGAGUCCAUGUCAGCCAUGAUGGAAGUUAAUGAGUCAGAGUCAAAAGAAGCCGUUGUGGACAUUAAGGAGUCACAGGGAGCUGUUAUGGAACUCAAGAGGCAGUCUUCCUCCUCUGGCAGCCAGGGGCGGGACAGAGACCGGGAGUCGGACCGCUAUCUCCAGCACCUCCAGUGUCCCCAUUGUCUGCUCCAGUGUAAGAGCCACUGCAACUACCUCAUCCACAUCGCUAAGAUCCAUCCAAGCCGCCUGGAUGACACGCCUGUGGGUCGCCUGGGCAACGCCAUCUUCUACCAGCGGACGGCACGGCUGUUCCACUGCAGCGUGUGUUUCCACACGGCCAGGGAGUUCCCUCGCCUCUACGACCACCUGCUCACUUGCCACUGCCUCUCUGGGAAGGGCAAGGGUGAGGAGGGAGAAGGGGAUGAGCGUAGGGGGGAGGGGGGAGAAGAACAGGAAGGUAUCAGUGUAGAUGUGCUUUCAAAAGACAGUAGUCAUCCUCUCAGUGAGCCCAAGGCAGAAGAGGAGGAUGAGGACAAAGGAGGAGCGAAGAAAGAGGAAGGUCGGAAAAGAGGACUAGAGGAGAUGGAGGGAGGCGAGGAUAACGAAGAGGACUCCCGCUCAGCCGGCAGCCCCAUGAAACGAAAUAGAAGCUCUACGGCAGGCAGUGAGGAAGAUGAUCAUGAUGAAGAGGAAGAGGAGCUACAGACCAACAACAACAAAAAAAGUGACAAACACAAAAAGCAGGAAGAGGCCUUCCUGAACAAAUAUAUCCAGCGCCAGGGGGGUCGCUACAACUGUCGCCUGUGUGGCAAGCGCUCCAAGAUGAAGGGCCAUGCCAUCCACCACGUGAGCUACAAGCACGACGUGCCCAAACCUUACUGCUGUAAAGAGUGUAGCAAGGCCUUCAUACUAGAGUAUUCGCUACUCAACCAUAUCUACCACAACCACAGACAGGGCAUGUACCGCUGUCUCUUCUGCCCCUUCAGCUCUGACGUGGUGUGGGGCAUAAAACGCCAUGGCAACUGCUGCAAUGCCCGAAGCGGGGAGGAGGGGGAGGGCAGCAAUGGAGAAGAGUGAUUGGUUAAUGGUUGCUAACACAUACUUUACCUUGAUAAUCAGGAGAAGGAACAUUACAGCCAGGCCUACAUUAUCUAGGUUCUAGAAUCUCUUUGCAUUGUGCAUCUACUAGGCUAGUAACCCUAGGUACAGUAGAUUCCACUGUCACAGAGGUGUAGAUUCUCAGUGAAGUAUGUAUUUACUUCCUCUGUACACACAGUGAUGAAGAAUGAUGUACUUUGUCAUUCUGUUGACUUUUCCUGAUAUACGUCUGUGGAGCAGAUGGACUCAAAUGUAGAAUAUGUACUUUGUGAACUCGCAAACAGCGGUAAUAUGUACAUGACAGCAGUUGAGGACUCAUAAUGCUACACAAUGAAACUAUCAACUGACAAAACAUGUUUUUUGUGUAUUUUUUACCUGCCUUUGUAUUAUCUUUAUUACUUGGGAUGUGUUUGUAUCUUGGAAAACAAUACAAUAAAAAGAAUACACAUUUUAGGUAGAAUUUAGCUGACUUCUUCUGCCAUAGAAGUCGAGACACACACCCACACCUGCAGCACAGGAGGUGGGAAACAAACAGUUUGCAUCCUGUGCUGCAGGUGUGUGUGAUUUUGGGCUGUUCCUUACACCUCCACUGUGAUUUCCUAAACUAACAACGGCUUUUUGUUGUGAGUAGGCUACAGCAGCGUCUCACAACCCAUUCUUGUAUUUCAUACACUGAACAAAAACAAACGCCACAUGUACAGUGUUCGGUUUCAUGAGCUGAAAUAAAACAUCUCAGAAAUGUUCCAUAUACACAAAAAGUUUAUUUCUCUCAGAUUUUGUGCACAAAUUUGUUUUCAUCCCUGUUAGUGACUAUUUCUCCAUAGCCAAGAUUAUCCAUCCACCUCACAGGUGUGGCAUAUCAAGAAGCUGAUUAAAGGCAUGAUUAUUACACAGGUGCACCUUGUGCUGGGGACAAUAAAAGGCAAGUUCUGUCAAAUAACACAAUGCCACAAAUGUCGCAAGUUUUGAUGGAGUGUACAAUUAGCAUGCUGACUGCAGGAAUGUCCACCAGAGCUUUUUUUCCAGAGAAAGGAAUGGUAAUUUCUCUACCAUAAGCUGCCUGCAAUGUCGUUUUAGAGAAUUUGGCAGUAUGUCCAACCGACCUCACAACCGCAGACCACGUGUAACCACACCAGCCCAGGACCUUCACAUCCGACAUCUUCAUCUGCGGGAUGUCUGAAGGCGUGUGUGGUGGGUGCUGAGGAGUAUGUCUGUCUGUAAUUAAGCCCUUUUGUGGGGAAAAACUCAUUCUGAUUGGUUUGAGCUUGGCUCCCCAGUGGGUUGGCCUGGCUGCCAAGUGGGUGGGCCUAUGCCCUUCCAGGACCACCCAUGGCUGCACCCUUACCCAGUCAUGUGAAAUCCAUAGAUUAGGGCCUAAUGAAUGUAUUUCAAUUGACUGAAUAUCUUAUAUGAACUAUAACUCAGUAAAAUAUUUGAAAUUGUUGCAUGUUGCAAAUAUAUUUUUGUUCAGUAUAUAUUUUGUAUUAUAUUUUGUAUUAAACAGUGAUAUGAGAGGACACUA